UGCGCAAAUCCAAAGCGAACAUCGGAGGGGUGUGGAGGCUCCAGGAGGGAGGAGAAACUGAGGGGCGAGCUGCAGAGGGAGGAGAAUGAAGCGGGAGCGAGCGGAGCUGCAGCAGGGCAGCAGGUCACACCUCGGUUCCUCUCAGUCUGGAGCUUUUUCUGCUGUUUACGCGCAGGAACCCGCCGGGAAGACGCGCAGCUGCACGAUUGUUAUGAUGGAGAGAUAACAGACAGAGAAAGAGGAAGAGAAGAUGUCGUUCUUUGGUUUGGAGUGUUUCCCAAAGACUGAGGGAGCCGAGCUGGAGAGGAAACUCAGAGCCAAUGACCGAGAGUACAACCGCUCCUUUAAAUAUGCAACGAAUGCCAUCAAGACCUCCAAGUACAACUUCUUCACCUUCCUUCCUCUCAACCUGUUCGAGCAGUUCCAGAGGAUUGCUAAUGCCUACUUUCUUGUUCUGCUGGUGCUGCAGAUUAUUCCUGAGAUCUCCUCCCUCUCCUGGUUCACCACCGUCGUUCCUCUCGUCCUCGUCCUCACCGUCACCGCUGCUAAGGAUGCCACCGACGACAUCAACCGCCACAGGAGCGACAAUCGAGUAAACAACCGAAAAGUGCAAGUACUCAUUGACAGAAAGUUGAGCAGCGAGAAAUGGAUGGACAUCCAGGUAGGCGACAUCAUCAAGCUAGAAAACAACCAGUUUGUAACCGCUGACCUCCUGCUUCUCUCCAGCAGUGAACCACUAAACCUUGUGUACAUAGAGACGGCAGAACUGGACGGUGAGACCAACCUGAAGGUCAAACAAGCGCUGCCAGUAACAGGAGACCUGGGAGAUGAUGUUGAGAAACUGGCAGACUUUAAUGGCGAGGUCCGCUGUGAACCCCCCAACAACCGCCUGGACCGCUUCAUCGGCACGCUAACGUACGGCGGUCAGAAAUACCCGCUGGACAACGAGAAGAUCCUGCUGCGAGGAUGCACGCUGAGGAACACCGAGUGGUGCUACGGCCUGGUGCUGUUCGCCGGUCAAGAGUCGAAGCUGAUGCAGAACUGUGGGAAAAGCACCUUCAAGAGGACCAGUAUAGACCGUCUAAUGAAUGUUCUAGUUCUUUGUAUUUUUGGUUUUCUCGUAUUCAUGUGUACGAUCCUGGCGAUCGGAAACUACAUCUGGGAGAUAAAGAAUGGCUCAAACUUCACCGUCUUCCUGCCAAGAGAAAAAGACAAUAAAGAGGGUUUCUCUGCCUUCCUCACCUUCUGGUCCUACAUCAUCAUCCUCAACACUGUGGUGCCCAUCUCACUAUAUGUCAGUGUGGAGAUUAUUCGGCUGGGGAACAGCUUCUACAUCGACUGGGACAGGAAGAUGUAUCAUUCCCGCAGCGACACGCCCGCCGAGGCGCGCACCACCACGCUGAACGAGGAGCUCGGUCAGAUCAAGUACGUCUUCAGCGACAAGACGGGAACGCUCACCCAGAACAUCAUGAUUUUCAACAAAUGCUCCAUCAACGGGAAGUCCUACGGAGACGUGUACGACUACACGGGUCAGAGACAUGACGUUUCUGAGCACAGAGAGCCGGUGGACUUCUCCUUCAACCCUCUGGCAGACGGACGCUUCAUCUUCUACGACCACUCCCUGGUGGAGGCCGUGAAGCUGGAGAACCUGGAGGUCCACGCCUUCUUCAGACUGCUGGCCCUCUGCCACACCGUCAUGGCUGAGGAGAAGAGAGAAGGUGAACUCUUCUAUCAGGCCCAGUCUCCAGAUGAAGGAGCGCUGGUGACUGCAGCCAGAAACUUUGGAUUUGUCUUUCGCUCGCGUACGCCCGACAGCAUCUCCAUCGUGGAGAUGGGAAACGAGCGCAGCUACGAACUCCUGGCCAUCCUGGACUUCAACAACGUCCGCAAGAGGAUGUCCGUCAUCGUGCGCAGUCCGGAGGGGAAGCUGUCUCUCCUCUGUAAAGGCGCAGAUACGAUCAUCUACGAGAGGCUGCACCAGUCCUGCAGCAAGCUGAUGGACGUCACAACGGAGCACCUUAAUGAAUUUGCAGGGGAGGGACUGCGGACGCUGGCGCUUGCCUACAAAGAUUUAGAUGAGGAGUACUUCAGGCAGUGGAAACAGCGCCACCAUGAGGCCAGCAUCUCCCUGGAGGACAAGGAGAGCCAGCUGGACGAGCUGUACGAGGAGAUCGAGAAGGACCUUCUGCUGCUGGGAGCAACAGCCAUCGAAGACAAGCUGCAGGACGGAGUACCUCAGACCAUCGAGCAGCUGGCCAAAGCUGACAUCAAAAUCUGGGUACUGACUGGCGACAAGCAAGAAACGGCAGAAAACAUCGGUUACUCCUGCAACCUGCUGCAGGAGGAGAUGAACGACGUCUUCAUCGUCUCUGGCCACUCACCGGAGGAAGUUAGACAAGAACUCAGAAAUGCGCAGAACUCCAUGAAACCAGACGCAACAGUGAAUUCUCUGCUUUUCCCAGAAGACAUGGGGAAAAGUGUGAAUGUGAUCAAAGACGAGGUGGCUGAUGGAGAGUAUGGUCUGGUUAUCAACGGACACAGUCUGGCGUACGCCUUGGAGAGCAGCAUGGAGCUGGACUUCCUGAGGACGGCGUGUUUGUGCAAAGCGGUGAUCUGCUGCAGGGUGACGCCCCUGCAGAAGGCCCAGGUGGUCGAGCUGGUCAAGAAGUACAAGAAGGCGGUCACGCUGGCUAUAGGCGACGGCGCCAACGACGUCAGCAUGAUCAAAGCGGCUCAUAUCGGUGUGGGCAUCUCGGGCCAGGAGGGGAUGCAGGCCGUCCUGUCCAGCGACUACUCCUUCGCCCAGUUCCGCUUCCUGCAGCGCCUCCUGCUGGUGCACGGACGCUGGUCCUACCUGCGCAUGUGCAAAUUCCUGCGCUACUUUUUCUACAAGAACUUCACCUUCACCUUCGUUCACAUCUGGUUCGCCUUCUUCUGCGGCUUCUCUGCACAGACGGUGUAUGACGAGGGGUUCAUUACGCUCUACAACCUGAUGUACACGGCUCUGCCCGUUCUGGGCAUGAGCCUGUUUGAUCAGGAUGUUAACGACGUGUGGAGUUUCCAACAUCCGCAGCUCUACAUUCCCGGCCAACUGAACCUGUACUUCAGCAAGAAGGCCUUCUUCAAAUGUGCCGUCCACAGCUGCUACAGCUCCCUGGUGCUCUUCCUCAUCCCCUACGGCGCCCUGCAGGACACCGUGAGGGACGACGGCAGGGACCUGGCCGACUACCAGUCCUUCGCCCUGCUCACGCAGACCUGCCUGCUGUUUGCCGUCACCAUCCAGCUGGGGUUGGAGAUGUCCUACUGGACGGCUGUGAACACCUUCUUCGUUUUGGGCAGUCUGGCCAUGUACUUCGCCGUCACCUUCACCAUGUACAGCAACGGCAUGUUCCUGGUCGUGCCGUCGGCGUUCCCUUUCAUAGGAACGGCUCGUAACUCUCUGAACCAGCCCAACGUGUGGCUGACGAUCGUCCUCACCUCCAUCCUGUGCGUCCUUCCCGUGGUUACCUACCGCUUCCUGUUGAUUCAGCUCUGCCCCACCAUCAAUGACAAGGUGAUGUUCAAGGUGAGGCAGGCCAGAGCGACCCCCCCGCCUCCUCCUCGGCGCGCCCGUAUCCGCCGCACCAGCUCCCGCCGCUCCGGCUACGCCUUCUCGCACGCGCAGGGCUACGGGGACCUGGUGACGUCCGGUCGCUUCCUGCGACGCCCCGCCGUUUCGUGGUCUUCAGGUUUCCCCCAGGUGGGGCGCACCACCACCGGGUUCAGCCCCAUGGGGCGGUCGGCGGGGUACAGCCCCACGGGGCGCCCGCAGAACCCCAAGGUGGCGGACGUGGAGGUGACUUCGCUGCAGAUGUACCGGACGAUGACCGACCCCCCGCUGUGAUGCAGCGACUAAAAGCAGCAGGAGUUCUGCAGGACAGACUGGACGCUCGGGUUUUCCCAGCUCAGCUUUUUGUUUUUGACGCAGACAAGAGUUUGACUAGAAGGAACGGCAGCAGGAUGUGACGGUAACUGACUUCCUGCCAUCAGAGCUCCGGGUGAACAGGACAGAUGAGGAGCUACCAGAGACAGAAACACGGCAGCGAGCCUCCAGGAGGACAAGCCGAGCAGCGAAGGAGGUGAAGUGUUGGGAGACACGGUGUGAUCAUGUUUACAGGCUGCCCAGACAUUUAUGAUCCUGGGAGUCCAGAGGCAGAGCAGCGCCCCUCAGAGGAAGCUUUCAGUACUGCACUCUUCCCUUUACUGUCUCUGUCUGGUAGGAAAGUUAAAACAAGCACAUUUUAUUCUCCUGCUAUUCUUUUUCUACAGUCAGGGCCCAAUUUACCUUCUUCUGAGGGUUUUUAAAAAAAAUGCAUUUGGACAUGAAUCUAAUGAUUGUUUUUAAUUAUUACAAAUUUACAAAUGAAUUUGAGAAGCUUCAUGGUUUCUCACACCAUGAGCCGCUUCAUGCUGCAGGUAGAGAAGAACCGGUUAGGAGACCACGCUUUUCACAAAAAAAACUAUUUCAGUAUUUUUAAGAACAAUGAGUGUGAAUGUUUGGUAACAUAUGGAAGCAGACAGCCUUUCUAAAAAGAAAGUACACCCUAGUUCCAGAGGUGGACCUGACAGGACAUAUUAAAAAAUAAUUUGGUCGAAGUUGUCGUGAGACAAACACUCACCAGGUCCUCACUGUCGUUAUUUAUGAACAAAGACGAAAUCAACAAAGCAAAACGGUGAAAUAAAACUGUAGAAAAGAACCAAAUAGAGCCUUCAGGCUUCUAUUAUACCUAAAAGGAGCAGGAGGAGCUGCUAAUUCAGGCUCUUAAUAAACUGAUCAUCACACAGGUGUGGAUUGACACAGAAAGACAUCAAUCAGGGAGUGUUGUCCUUGUGGUUUAGAGCUGGGCGCUGGUUUCCUGAAAGGCUGCUGGUUUGAAACCUGCAGCCUGCCACCUUGGGUCCCUGAGCAAGACCCCAGAAUGCUCCCUGGGCGUCACGCAGUGGCAGCUGCUGGCUCCUUAUGGACGGCUUAAAUGCUGAGGACAGCACAACAAAGGCUGCAGUGACAAAUAAAGAUGCUUAUUAUCAAUUAAAGAAUCAAUCGUUGGUGCCCAUGAAUCUUCAGCGGGUUCUCAGGCCAUUUCUGAUUCUCUUGAAAUCAAUUUAGCAACUCUUAAAUGGUAAAGUUCAUGGCAGGACAAUUAAAAAAGGAAUAAACAUAGAUGCCUCGAUGUGAUGUUUUCCCCAAAAAAUCCUUUCUCUCUAUUCCAAAAAAAAG